UCUAUUAGCACAAUCUUCCUUCUUCUACACAGGAAAGAAAUGGCCAUAGACCUUCGGCGAUCCUUUCCUCUCCUACUGCUGCUGGGGCUGUGUGAGCCAGUGUGUCCACUUGGCACUCAGCCUAAGGGUCUCACCAAGGCUCGCUGGUUUGAAAUUCAGCACAUACAGAUAAGUCCUCAGCAAUGCAACACAGCCAUGCGUGGGGUCAACAAUUACACCCAGCACUGUAAACAGAAAAACACCUUUCUGCGUGAAUCCUUCGAGAAUGUGGCUGCUGCCUGUGGUUUGCCCAACAUCAUCUGCAAGAAUGGUCGAAAGAACUGCCACAUGAGUGUAAAGCCUGUCAGCAUGAUUGACUGCAUACACACUGGAGAAGCCUAUCCAUACUGCCGCUACAGUGGUGCAGUGCAGUACAAAUUCUUCGUUGUGGCCUGUGAGCGUCCCAAGAAGGAUGACCCCCCUUACCAGCUGGUUCCUGUGCACUUAGAUGAGAUUGUCUGA